AAUUGCAGGUACAAAUAUUGAUAUUAAAGUUUCACUGAAAUCUUUCUUUUAAUACAAAUACCUAGUUGAUAGCGCUGUCAUCUAUCAAAAUAACACGAAAUUAAUAAAUUCGUCUCAUUCUAACCUAACAGCUCGUGACCAUUCUGUCUGAAUCAAAAACGUAAUUGUUGAUUUUAUGAUUUAAUUAAAAUGUCAACGGAAAUUGAUGAUUCACAGGAUCAGGACAAGUCACUUAUAAUAUUUGGGCGGGACAUCUCAAAAAUUCCAUGUUUCCGAAACAGUUUACUUUGUGGAAUAGGUGGAGGAUUAUUCUUCGGCUUGGCCCGAUUUAUGAUUACUAGUCAGCCACUUAAAUCGACUAACUUUGCAGUGUACUCCUUCUCUUUCAUCACUAUGGCUUAUUGGAUACAGUGCAGAUACACAUAUUCAAAGAGGAAAUUUGAAAUGAUGAGAAUGCAGUCGAUGUUACAAAGACGUGCUAUUCUCGAAGGUACUACAGAAGAACAGAUCCUCGAUGAUAGAUUAGGGUCUAAACCUGUAGAGGUUUGAUAGAUAUAUAUUAUACUUAUUAAAUAUAUGUAAUAUAUAGUUAAGAGUUGUUUAC